AUGGGCAUGCUCGUGUGUGGGUGCAGCAACAGCCUGUGGAGCAAGUGGCAAGAUAUGCAGUGCGUCUCCAACUGCGACGCACUCGACCCGUCGAAGCGACGCAACUUCGAACAGCCCGUGUGGCAGACGGCGACCAUGUUCCUCGGCGAGACGUUCUGCCUCAUCGCCUUCUCGUUCCUCAACUCGCGCCUGAACCCGUUCAAGAUGGUCGCCAAGCGCCGUCGCGCCGCCGCGUUCGCGGCCAAGCCCAACUACGACGACUCGGGCGUCUCGCUGCAGCACGAGCCGCUCCUCGGCAACGACGACGACGACGUUGAGCACGGCGACGCGCACCUCAAGCCGGACGGCGUCGCCGCCGCUGCGGGCGCCGCCCCGGAGAGGAUCGACUGGCGCAAGGCGCUCCUGUUCUGGACGCCCGCCGUGUGCGACAUCCUCGGCACGACGUGCAUGAACAUCGGGCUCUUCUUCGUCCCCGUGUCGAUCUACCAGAUGCUGCGCGGCGCGCUCGUCCUCUGGGUCGGCGUCUUCUCGGUCGUCUUCCUCAAGCGCGACCUGACCCGGGCCCAGUGGGUCGCGCUCGUCGUGUGCAUGUUCGGCGUCGGCGUCGUCGGCAGCUCGUCGCUCAUCGGCAACGACAAGGGCCCCGAGGCGGCGAGCGAGGACGCGGGCGUCAGUCCGCUCGUCGGCGUCGCGCUCGUCCUCGUCGCGCAGAUCUUCACCGCCUCGCAAUUCGUCAUCGAGGAGCGCAUCAUGGAGCACCACACGGUCGAGCCUCUCCUCGCGGCGGGCUACGAGGGCGUGUUCGGCCUCCUGACGACCAUGGUCGGCCUGUUCGCCAUCUCGUACUUCUACGGUGCCCGCGCCGGGCCCUACUUCGACGUCAAGCAGGGCUGGCACGAGAUCAUCGACCACCCCAAGGUGUGGUCGUCGAGCAUCGUCAUCGCGUUCUCGAUCGCGUGCUUCAACUUGUGCGGUCUCGCCGUCACCCGCAGCGUCUCGGCCACGGCCCGCUCGACCAUCGACUCGUGCCGCGUCAUCGGCAUCUGGGCCGUCAGCCUCUUCCUUGGCUGGGAGUCGUUCAAGGUCCUGCAGGUCGUCGGCUUUGCGUUCCUCUGCUACGGCACCUUCACGUACAACGGCAUCACGAGCUUCCCGCACUGGACGGGCCUGCACCGCGAUGCGCUCCCGGCCGGGUCGCCGCCGGUGUCGCCGCCCUUUCGGGCCCUGAGCGGCCACGGCGCGCACGCCGACGACGACGACGUCGAGCCGAUCGACCACUACUACGACCAGCAGCAGCAGCAGCAGCGGCAGUACCGGGUGGGCGAGCAGGCGCCGCUGCUGCCGAAGCGGGCGGCAGCCGAGUAGAGCGGACGAGGACCGAGGCGGCCGCAGGAUGGCGCGCUAGACCCAGGGGCGGGACGAGCUGCGGCGCCGACCUCCCGAGACGAUGCAGAUGGAGAUGCAGGACCCCUGUUUGUGAUUGCCCCCCUCGCGCGCGCCUUGACCCCCUCCCUCCUGUUGUACUCGAGCUCCUCCCUGUUCCUCGUGCACGCACCUGUCCCUCGACUCGCUUUUUGCCCUCUCUCCUCGUCUUUGUAGUCUUCUUGCACUCUCAUCUCUCCGUCAUUGCC